AUCCGGGCAAUGGCCUUGAAAUCCAGGAUUUAACAGGAAGGUUGAAUAUGAUUAUUCUUAACGGAACAUAUUUUUUUUGUAAAUUAGCUCAAAUUUGACUGAAAAUAGUAUUUAAGGAGCCCAUUUUGAAUACUCUUAUAUAACCCACAAUCAUCGUAAUCAAUCGAUACUGAAAAAAAUAAAAUAAAAAAAUGCGACCACCACCUUCUCUUCACUCCAAUUUCUUCUCCUCUCUCAAGCAGGUUGAGAAGAGAUUGAAAUUAGAAGAACCAUCACAACCCCACACCCUCUUACCACACCCACUACCAGAGACUGAAGACUUGUCAACAGAAUCUCUAGGCUCACCCAUAUACCUCCACUUUGACCAAUCCGCUUCCCACACCUCAACCCUCCAAGGCAACAGUGAACCCCCUCAAGCAUUCCUCUCAAGUUCCCCACAAACCCAACUUCAACCCGACGGCCUAGACCACCCCAAAACCGUAGUUGAAACUGAAAACGACGCCGUUGACGAUAUCCAACGGUUAAUACAGCUCUUGGAUUUAUCAGAUUGUGAGGAGAAAGAAGAAGAGGCAGAGAGGGAGAGAGGAGGUUUGGGUGAUGGCAGUGGUGGAAAUUCUUGUGAUUGGGAAGAUGGGUUUUAUGCAAAGAUUGUUGGGUUUAAGGGCCCAAAGUGUAGAAAGGAAGUGGAGAGGUUGGAGGGGUGGAUUGAGUAUUUUAUGAAUGGGUGUGGCGUGGAGGAGAGGAGGGAGCCUUUGAGAUUGGCAUAUUUGCUUUUGGGUAAGGCUGCUUUUGUUUCUGAGGGUGCUGAUUGUGGCGUUGGAGGCCUGGAGUUCCCUUCAAGUAUAGUGGAAUUUUUGCAGAAUGAUCCUCCUAAGACCUAAGAAGUAAGGAACCCCAUGUUUCAUAUUUUCCCUUUUGUACCCUUUAAUGCAAUUUUAGUUUCAGAAUUUUUAUAAAAAUUGUGAGCACUUUCGAUAUGAAAAUGAUCAGCUUGUUUAGGAGGAAUUCAACUCUUAUGGUGAUUGUUGAAUUUUGGAUCAGGACAUGUUAUGCAAGUAUUUUUUUUCCUUGUUUGUUUUGUUCAUAAGAUGAUGCUACAUAUAAAUUCAUUUGGCCUUAUAUACCACUGAU